AUGUCUUGUACUGCUUCUUCUACAUACACCCACUAUGGGGUAGACCCAGGAAACCAUCCAGAUCAAAAGGAAUUAAGCGCGAUUGUGCAAAAGUUACACAAAACCCCAUUAAGCCACCUUGAAAUAGGCAGUGAUGGUGUGUUGCGCUCCGUCAACCUCGAAAGAGAAGUGAUUGAUGCUAUCGGUCUACCACCCCGACUUAUCAAGGCGUUUCUUGAUCGUUUCCCAUACAACGAGGAGCUGGAAGUUCGCUUCCACAAUUCAGACGGAACCCUGAUACCUCAAAAGCAAUGGUGGGCACCAGAUACGUCCAUAGUACCACAGCGCUUUACAAGUGAGCAGAAGGAUGAAAUAAGAAGGGAAUAUGAAGAGAACAAGGACAUUAUCGAUGAGAAUAUGCGGAAAAAGGCAAACGGGGAGAUCCAAGGGUGUGGGAUUGUAAUUCAGUCAGACUAUAGGAUUUGA